GGGCCUGCUGGCGGAAGGGGAAGUGGGCGGGGGGGUGGCAGGCGACGGUGGGGAAGAUGGCGUACCAGAGUUUGCGGCUGGAGUACCUGCAGAUCCCACCGGUCAGCCGCGCCUACACCACUGCCUGCGUCCUCACCACCGCUGCCGUGCAGUUGGAAUUGAUCACACCUUUUCAGUUGUACUUCAAUCCUGAAUUAAUCUUUAAACACUUUCAAAUAUGGAGAUUAAUCACCAACUUCUUAUUUUUUGGGCCAGUCGGAUUCAAUUUUUUAUUUAACAUGAUUUUUCUAUAUCGUUACUGUCGAAUGCUAGAAGAAGGCUCUUUCCGAGGUCGGACAGCAGACUUUGUAUUUAUGUUCCUUUUUGGUGGAUUCUUAAUGACCCUUUUUGGUCUGUUUGUGAGCUUAGUUUUCUUGGGCCAGGCCUUCACAAUAAUGCUCGUCUACGUGUGGAGCCGAAGGAACCCCUAUGUCCGCAUGAACUUCUUCGGCCUUCUCAACUUCCAGGCCCCCUUUCUGCCCUGGGUGCUCAUGGGGUUUUCCUUGUUGUUGGGGAACUCAAUCAUUGUGGACCUUUUGGGUAUUGCAGUUGGACACAUAUAUUUUUUCUUGGAAGAUGUAUUUCCCAAUCAGCCUGGUGGAAUAAGAAUUCUGAAAACACCAUCUAUUUUGAAAGCUAUUUUUGAUACACCAGAUGAGGAUCCAAAUUACAAUCCACUACCUGAAGAACGGCCAGGAGGCUUCGCCUGGGGUGAGGGCCAGCGCCUCGGAGGUUAAAGCAGCAGUGCCAAUAAUGAGACCCAGCUGGGAAGGACUCAGUGAUACUCACUGGGAUUCUUUUAUCCUUUGUUGCAAAAGUGUGGACACUUUUGACAGCUUGGCAGAUUUUAACUCCAGAAGCACUUUAUGAAAUGGUACACUGACUAAUCCAGAAGACAUUUCCAACAGUUUGCCAGUGGUUCCUCACUACAUUGGUACUGAAAGUGUAAUUUCUUGGAGCCAAAAAACUGGAGAAACAAAUAUCCUGCCACCUCUAACAAGUACAUGAGUACUUGAUUUUUAUGGUAUAAGGCAGAGCCUUUUCUUCCUCUUCUUGAUAGAUGAGGCCAUGGUGUAAAUGGAAGUUUCAGAGAGGACAAAAUAAAACUGAAUUCCAUUUUUCUCUCACUGUA